GGAGAAACUUUCUGACCUCCACCCCCUGGUGGCGUCACGCAGGAGGAGGGAUGGCACUUUAUAUAUGGAAAAAGAAACGCUGCACUCCGAGAGUCUCCACACUUCUAUCGAGCCUCUUCGAGAUGUUACCUAAGUCCAGUACGAUGUGAGGAUCGCGUGUUACGUGUUAAAUUUGGUUUGUAGAUAGCUCAUUCCAGCGAGAUAGCUCCAGCUGCUCGACUUCUUUGUUGUAUGCACGUGAAAAGCGCGACAGCCAGAGAAGAGAAGACAAACACUGACUAGAAGGGCUGCUGGACGCCGGACUGAUCAUCCUUAAAGGCGAAUUUGGUCACCAUGAGUUCCGAAAAGAGCAAAAUGGAGGAUGAAGCGGUGUUGGACAGAGGAGUGUCCUGUGUCAAACACAUCUGUGAUGAUGAAGUGGAAGGUCACCACACUGUGUACAUUGGGGUGCAUGUUCCCAAAAGCUACCAGCGGAGGAGACGCCACAAACGCAAGUCUAGCCACAAAGAGAAGCGGGAACGAGUUGAACAGACCACAGAAGGAUACACAGAUGAAUCCACUGCAAACAUCCUCAAACCUCUCAUUUCUCCAGCUGAGAGGAUCAGGUUUAUUCUGGGAGAGGAGGAUGAUGGCCCCCCACCUCCUCAGCUCUUCACUGAGCUGGAUGAGCUACUGGCAGUGGAUGGGCAGGAGAUGGAGUGGAAGGAGACAGCCAGAUGGAUCAAGUUUGAGGAGAAGGUGGAGACGGGCGGAGAGCGCUGGAGUAAGCCUCAUGUGGCCACACUGUCCUUACACAGUUUAAUGGAACUCAAAUCAUGCAUCGAGAAGGGCACAAUCAUGCUGGACUUGGAGGCCACCACGCUGCCACAGAUCGUCGAGAUGAUCACCGAAAGCCAGAUUGAGACCGGACAGUUGAAGGCAGACCUGAAAGAGAAGGUCACGUAUAUGCUGCUACGGAAACAUCGCCACCAGACCAAGAAGUCUAACUUGCGUUUUGCAGACAUUGAAAAGAGUGUUUCUAGUGCAAGUAGGCUGUUUACCAGCCAAGAAAACGGUAGCCCAACUACUGCCCAUCGAAACCUCACCUCCAACAGCCUGGGUGACUUCUCUGACAAACCAGAGAAGGAUCAGCUGAAAAACAAGUUUAUGAAGAAAUUGCCCCGUGAUGCGGAGGCAUCAAAUGUGCUGGUUGGAGAGGUAGAUUUCCUGGAAAGUCCCUUUGUGGCAUUUGUUCGUCUGCAGCAGGGUGUCAUGCUGGGGGCCCUCACAGAGGUCCCUGUGCCCACAAGGUUUCUCUUUGUGCUGCUGGGCCCUAAAGGUAAAGCAAAGUCCUACCAUGAGAUUGGAAGAGCCAUUGCCACCCUGAUGUCAGAUGAGGUGUUCCAUGAAAUCGCCUACAAAGCGAAGGACAGGCAGGACCUGCUGGCUGGUAUCGAGGAGUUUCUGGAUGAGGUCAUCGUCCUACCCCCAGGUGAAUGGGACCCUGACAUCAGGAUAGAGCCACCCAAGUCUCUGCCAUCUUCAGACAAAAGGAAGAACAUGUACGCUGGAUUAGAGGCACCUCAGAUGAAUGGUGACACGCCCCAUGAUGCAGGACAUGGAGGGGGAGGAGGACACCAGGUUGGAGAGGAACUGCAAAACACCAAAAAGUUUUGUGGAGGUCUUGUCCUGGAUGUCAAGCGGAAGCUGCCAUUUUUUGCCAGUGACUUCUAUGAUGCACUACAUAUCCAGUCUCUGUCUGCCAUCUUGUUCAUCUAUCUGGGCACAGUAACAAAUGCAAUCACAUUUGGAGGUUUACUUGGAGACGCUACCGAGAAUAUGCAGGGAGUGUUGGAAAGUUUCCUGGGCACGGCACUGACAGGGGCAGUGUUCUGUCUGCUGGCUGGUCAGCCUCUGACUAUUCUCAGCAGCACAGGCCCAGUGCUCGUCUUUGAAAGGCUCCUUUUCAACUUCAGCAGAGACAACGGCUUCGACUACCUUGAGUUCCGGCUGUGGAUUGGCCUGUGGUCAGGUAUAUACUGUCUGGUGCUGGUCGCCACAGAUGCCAGCUUCCUAGUACAGUACUUCACCCGGUUCACAGAGGAAGGCUUCUCUGCACUCAUCAGCUUCAUCUUCAUCUAUGAUGCUUUCAAAAAGAUGAUAAAGCUGGGCCACCACAACCCGAUCAACUCUGAAUACGAUCCUGACCUCGUCACUCAGUACAGCUGCCACUGCGUGCCUGGCAACUCAUCAGAGCUUGAUGUCUCUGCCUGGACAAACGGCACUGAUCUGCCAGUGAAUGCCACUUGGGCAUCACUGACCAGGGAGCAGUGUCUGAAAUAUGGAGGGCAGCUGGUCGGAGAGAAUUGUCACUAUGUGCCUGACAUCACCCUGAUGUCCUUCAUCUUGUUCUUUGGGACAUACACCUGUUCAAUGUUCCUAAAGAAGUUCAAGACGAGCCGCUUCUUCCCCACCACAGUGAGGAAGCUCAUCAGUGACUUUGCCAUUGUCUUGACCAUUCUUCUCUUCUGCGGUGUAGACGCCUUUGUCAGUGUGGACACUCCAAAACUCAUAGUGCCAAGUGAAUUCAAGCCCACAAGUCCACAUAGGGGCUGGUUUGUUGCUCCUUUUGGAGGGAACCCUUGGUGGGUGUACCUGGCAGCCGCUCUCCCCGCUCUGCUGGUCACCAUCCUGGUGUUCAUGGACCAGCAGAUCACUGCCGUGAUCGUCAACAGGAAAGAGCACAAACUCAAGAAAGGGGCAGGUUAUCACUUGGAUCUCUUCUGGGUGGCCAUUCUCUUGAUCAUCUGCUCUUUCAUGGGCCUGCCAUGGUACGUGGCCGCCACUGUCAUCUCCAUCGCUCACAUCGACUCUCUGAAAAUGGAGAGCCAGACGUCAGCCCCCGGAGAGCAGCCCAAAUUCCUGGGUGUCAGGGAACAAAGAGUCACUGGCAUCUGUGUGUUCCUCCUGACAGGACUCUCUGUCUUUAUGGCUCCUGUCCUCAAGUUCAUUCCUAUGCCUGUGCUCUAUGGUGUGUUCCUCUACAUGGGCGUGGCAUCACUCAAUGGUGUCCAGUUCAUGGACCGCCUCCAGCUGCUCCUCAUGCCAGGCAAGCACCAGCCAGAUCUAAUAUACCUACGGCACGUCCCCCUCAGACGGAUCCACCUCUUUACCUUCCUCCAGUGCUUGUGUUUGGCCCUUCUCUGGAUCCUCAAGUCUACCGUGGCUGCUAUAAUCUUCCCUGUCAUGAUCUUGGCGUUGGUUGCAGUACGCAAGGCCCUGGACUACGUGUUCUCCCAACAUGACCUCAGCUACCUGGAUGAUGUCAUCCCAGAAAAAGACAAGAAGAAGAAGGAGGAUGAGAAGAAAAAGAAAAGCAAGAAGGGGAGCAUCGACAGCGAUAUUGACUACCCCGACUACCCCUACCAUGACAAUGCCCCCAGUGUAAAAAUCUCUAUGGAUAUGAUGGAGCAGGAGCCCAUGUUGGGGGAUAAAUCCACCCAUAGAGAUGAAUCCCAGACUUUCAUUCACUCACAUUCGCGGUGCUGAGCACCUCUUUGAGUCUCCCACUGUGGCUGAGUAAUCUUGACAGAAGCUCAUGCACAAAAUGUUUGCCUCAAAUUCAAAUAGACCGGGAUUCGGAGAACAACAGUUCUUCUGGAAGAAGGGUCCAGCAACUGAUCUGUGAAUGAAUUGUCCAAAGAUACAGCAGAACCAGCACAACCUAACGAACGCAAGAUCCUCUUUCAUAAGAAAGUACUGCGUAAUAUUGUUAUUUUUUUAAUAUGUGAGGAUCUAAAUCCAAAUUGCUGGAAGUACUUUUGUCUUAAACUUGAAGCACUCUGGUGGUACUGUAUCAUAGUGAAGACUUAGACGAGGAUGGUUUGACUGUUUGUCUGCACGAUUUCUUGCCGAAAACAAAAGGGCUAGUCCGCGUUGUUUUUUUAUUGAACAUUAAGAUAUUAAUGUGCACGCUGAUAAUUUAUAAAGCAUCUAGCUAAAGAUGUAUAGUCAUCAGAGAGAAUACAUAUGGCU